UAUAGGUAAGAUAAAUAAGAUAUUUUAGUGACCAACAUGUUCCAUAGAAACGUAUCACCUUCAGUGCCUGAUUUCAUACAAUAUCACGAUAAUAUAAUAUUUUUAUGUUUUGAGAGUGUUAAUAAAAAAUUAAGUUAAUAUCGUAUCUAUUUAAGUACUAAUGCCGUCGUAUCUAUUUAUUUUGUAGCACAUUUUCCACAACGGCGCUCUAGCCUAGCAACUACCUUUGUUUGUCUACUCAGUAGAACUCACAGCAUAUUUGCAUUAUAUUCGCCUAAACAAUACGCGUUUCGCAAUGUCCAACUCGAAAAAAGAUAACACGGUCAUGCGCAAGCCAUGUCCCAAGUCAAAGAGACGAUGGGUCGAUCAGGACGAAGACGGCCCGUCGAAAGUUCUAGUCCGCAAAGGUGGACUGUUGAGUAUGGCAAAGGCGGCUAUCGGGGCGGCCGUGGCCGUUCUUGGCAGUGCGGAGGAGGACGUUCUUGAGGAAGCCGUUCACGACAAGACAGAGUUGGCCAUGCAGGUGGUGUACGGAAGCAGUAGCAGCGGCGUCGUGUCUAAAAACACGUCGUCGUAUCCACCUGUUCCGCGUCACACCGUGAACAGCUCGUGGAAAAAGGUACCAUUAGCUCCAGUGCUGACGGUGAGCGCCGUCAACGACGUCGUGACGUUGGUAUGGGACGAGCGGGCGACGGCAUCAAUGCUUCCCAAAUACGCGCGCGUCAAAGGCUACGAGGUCUUUGGAUACCGUGGCGACACACCGUCGGGCGACGCAUGGACAAAGAUAGGAUACUUCAAAGCUGAACGUUUGCCGAUGAAAUGCAAGUUGGUAUACCGAAGGAAGGACGUGGUCCACAACUACGCGGUGCGCGCAGUAGACGUACACGACAGAUGCGCCCCCUGCGCCGUUGUGCAGAUUUUACCCCGUCGAGGAUUUGAAUAACGGGUAAGUAUAUUUACCCACCAUGGCACACCCGCCCGUGCCUUACUUGCUCAGUGACUGACGCGCAGACAUCUCCCACAGUCCCUUCCACCCCCUCGAUUUUUUUUUAAUUGUACAUAUUAUAUUAUAUUAUUAUUCGAAUAAAAUAUUCAGUAUUUGGCUAAAACAAUAUAAAAAAAAAUAAUUAUUAACUACUGAUUUGUUUUAUUUAUGUCAUAAUAUGGUUGUAAAACCUCUACAUCUAAAAUACAUUAGCUGCAACAAUGAUUCAUGGAUGUAUUACACUGGUAUUUAUACAACAACAUUUGCGCAUAUUAUUGGUAUUGUAGACACUAGACAUGUCUUUGUUAAACCUAUAAGUCCAUAUAUUAAGCUCAUAAGUAUUAGAUAUUAUAGGUAUUUCACAAAGCAUAAAGAACUAAACAGUAUAAUAAAUACAUAAAUAUGCAUUUACGCAAAUAUAAGCCAAACUAAAUAAUAUAAUAAUCCUAUAAAAAAGAUCCCAUCAUUAUACGAAGCAUAUAGACGGCACCCAUAUUGCACCAUAAUAUGAAUAAAAAAUUUUUUAUUUCAAUAAAAUGUGUAAGUAUAAUGCGAGAUCAAUUUUUUAUUGACAUCCAGUACCUAUACAUUAGUAACAAAUCACAUCGAAUUUGAGCAUUUUUUGUUGAUGUAAAAUCUAUCUUAAUUAGACAGCAUAAAUGGGGCCUAAAACGUCAAUUACGACCUGAUCAUAUACCUAUUAUUAUAGGUACAGAGUUUAUGAAAACAUCUCCUCGUUAAUACUACAUUCAUAUAAUCAGCAUCAGUUCAGUUAUACUACAAUUGGAUAUUUUUUGAGAGUAGGUAUAUACCUAAGUAGGUAUAAUUAAAUAAAAAGACGCUCAGAUGAAUAAUGCCUAUACAACCUUAUUACUUACUUACCAGCUGAAACAUUCGUUUUUUGUUUUUUACAGGUGUUAUUAUAAUAUCUAUUAUAUAAGAGGAUGUCACGUCCACGUGUAUCUUACAAUGUACAACAUAGCAAAAACUGUUUUGCGCGGGGCAACUUUUAUCUUUCUGUGUUUGUAGUAGUGGCUCAAACAUUUCUGAACAUAUAGGGUGGACAA